GCGGGCCAAUCACGGAGCGUAGCCGCUGUCUGUCCUUUCCCUCCCCCUCCCGCCUCCCGUGACAGAGCGGUACCCUAGGGCCGGGGCUCGGGCGGCGCAGAGCGGCCGCCGCUGCGGAGCGAGCUGGCUCCUGGUGCUGUCGGCCGCGGCCCCGCCCGCCCCGAGCCAUGCUGCUGCUGCUGCUGGCGGCCGCCUGCGUCGUGGCCUUCGUGCUGCUGCUCUACAUGGUGUCGCCGCUCAUCAGCCCCAAGCCCCUCAAGCUGCCCGGCGCCCACGUCGUGGUAACUGGAGGUUCCAGUGGAAUUGGAAAAUGUGUUGCUAUUGAAUGCUAUAAGCAGGGUGCAUUUAUAACUCUGAUUGCAAGAAACGAGAGCAAGCUGUUGCAGACAAAGAAAGAAAUUGAAAAAUACUCCAUUAACGAUAAGCAGGUUGUGCUUUGUAUAUCUGUUGAUGUGUCUAAAGACUAUGGACAUGUGGAGAAUGUCCUUAAACAAGCUCAAGAGAAGUUGGGUCCAGUUGACAUGCUUAUAAACUGUGCUGGAACAUCAGUUACAGGAAAAUAUGAAGAUCUUGAAGUGAGCUGUUUUGAAAGGUUAAUGGCAGUCAACUACUUGGGUAGUGUUUACCCAAGCCGUGCCGUAAUUGCUACCAUGAAGGAACGAAGAAUGGGAAGGAUUGUGUUUGUAUCAUCUCAGGCUGGACAGUUGGGACUAUUUGGUUACACAGCUUAUUCUCCAACAAAGUUUGCUCUUCGAGGAUUGGCUGAAGCCCUGCAAAUGGAGGUAAAGCCUUAUAAUAUCUAUGUAACAGUGGCCUAUCCUCCAGAUACUGACACACCGGGCUUUGCAGAAGAAAUCAAAACAAAGCCUUUGGAGACUAAACUAAUUUCAGAAACCUCAUCUGUUUGCCAAGCAGAACAGGUUGCCAGAGUUAUUGUUAAAGAUGCCAUACAAGGAAACUUUAACAGUUUUAUGGGCUCAGAUGGUUACAUGUUAUCAAUACUGACCAGUGGAAUGUCACCUGUCACUGCUAUUACUGAAGGUCUUCAGCAGGUUGUUUGCAUGGGCAUUUUUCGCAUCAUUGGCUUGUUUUACCUAGGAAGUUUUGACAGCAUAGUUCGUCGCUGCAUGAUACAAAGGGAAAAAUCUGAAAGUAUAGAUAAAACUAAAUAAUAUUUACUCACUGAAUCAGAAGAAUGUUAAUCUUGGACAGCUGGCUGCUAAAUGGGACUUUGUUUCUCACCUGAAGACUUUCAUUUAAACGCUUGGAUAUGUGACAGAUGAAAUGGAAGUGAAAGAGAGAAGAAAAGUACAACCCCAGGAAAUACCAAAACUAUGCAAAAGUAUGAAUGAAGACUAGUUUUUUUCAGUGGUUUGAGUUGGAGAAACAUUUGUGAAUGUAGAGACUGUAAGUGUGAAGAGUAAAAUUUCGAAGUGGGUUAUUUGCUGGUAAUUCUGGACAAAUACUUAGGUUUUCUUUCUUUGAUGGUGUGUUCAGAGAUAAGGAUAAGGGUAAGUACCAUCACACAUUGAACCUAAGAAGUUUGAACUCUCCUUGAAGAGGGAGUUUAGGCUCCUAAUAGAUUUACACAACCAUAUUUUAACUUUGAAUGUUCUGAUUACUUUCCCCAUUGUCAGACAGACUUAUCCAUGGCUUUCAUCAUGCACUAUUAUGCUGUGGGAUCUUUAGGUGGGAGAACUGUACCUAUAUGAUCCAAAGCUUCUCAGUGUGGGAGUAGUUGGGGUAUGCUUUAGUAGCUGCAUACUCUUCUAAAGGGAAAUGAAGAACCCAUUCUCCACUGAGAAAUGCUGGGAAAUAUUUUUUUGGCCUUCUGAAAUACCUUCUAAACAAAUCAAACCAUUAGAACAGCAAGUAGUUAAAAUUGCUGAAAGCCACAAUCUAAUUCUAAAUUGAUGUAUAAUCUUCUAAUUUACCCCUUUUAUCUGUCAGUUGAGCUGAGGAGAGAAAGGUAGCAUAAUAUUGCCAUUAUGCACACUUUUUAAAACUGCAAAUGAUGAGCCAAACAAAUAGUUGAUAGAAUCAUUUGUAAUUAAAAUGUUAAUUUUAAAUGCUAGGCUCUUCCAGUAGCAGGAAUGUAGCUUUCAGGAGGGUCAGAAUGGCAUUCCAGGUUAAUUUAUUCCUGGAUGUGAGUAUAUUUGUUAGGAUGACAUGGUCUGGUUUAAAAAUACACUCCACUGUUUUGGUUUUUAUUAGAUGUACAUAUGAAUCAAGACUGCUUCACCCCUGUGCCAGACUACACUGAACCCAAUACUUUCUAACAGUUUUAAGUGUCAAACACUGAAAAUGCUUAGUUCAUAACAAUGAUAGCAUAAAGAGAUUGUGAUAUAUUGUUCAGUUGGACGACUACAGUAAGUGCCUGAGAGUCUUCUUUUGCAAAAUCUGUAUCUUUCAUAUUUGUUAGCACUCCUACAUUUUUAGAUGUCAGGCUUUUCUAGUCUCAAUCCAUAUUUUAAAGUUUAAAAGUUGGCUGGUAAAAUUUGUCCUUCUCACUUCCUCCACAGGAAUAACUUUUAAUCAAAUAUUAGGUGAAAUUGAUACUGUUACUUAGUCUUCUAUAUCCCUCAUCUAAGGAAUGGUUUAAUGGGACGCUAUAUGCUAAAAUAUCUUUUCUUAUCUUGCAUUAUUAACUGGAAUAAUUUCAAAAAUGUAACUCAUUACUGAUACUAUUCCCCCCUCACCCCAGUGCAAUUAGUCAGUUUAACUUAUUGGGUUUUUUGCACUAGCACAGUGCUGCAGAGUUGCUCUGUAAACCCUGUUAGGGGAGUAUUCAAACUGACAGUCUAAACAGUUUCUCAUCGAGAGAUUGAGUGUUUAUACGAGGCUUUAUAAUGCUCUUCACAAAGCCUAAGUUUGGGGGCCAACCUACCAGAGUGCCUCUUUAAAUAUGUAAAAUUUGCAUGCCUCUAAUUAUCAGAAGAAUGCAUAGAUUUGAGCAUAGUGGGCAUCCCUUACAAUUCUAAACAGCUGAGUUUCACAGCCAAAGAAGCUAUUUUGAAUAUACAUUAGUUGCUCUGUGCUGUUGUUUAUGGAUUGUGUAUUAUGGAGUAUUUACAAUAGCAUCCACAGUCAUUGUUUGCUUUGUUUAUUGAAAGUCAUAACAGCCCAUUCUCUCAGGACCUGAUCUAUCUUACUAGUGUGUAUAUUAUAUCAAGCCUUGAUAUAAAUCAAGAAUAAGAUUAAAUAAAAGUGUUCAAAUCAGAUACCAAGUCAAUGAGUUAGUAUUUCUGUCAAAAUGCUAAAAAUAACAUCAAGUUUCUGACUCAUAUCAAAAGCCUGAAUGCCAAGAUUUCAAAAGCAACUAGAGACUCUGGGUGCCUCAAUUUCUGGGUGCUGAACUUUUAAGUCUUAAGGACUGUUUUUUCAGAAAGUGCUGAGUACCCAAACUGAAAAUUGGGCCCUGUUUAAAGUAUCAUAAAUUGAGUAGCCAGCAUUUGAAAAUGCUGGUUAAGGCUGGUGCUUGCUCUUAAAGUUUGUGCUUAGAUAAGACUACUGAAUUAGUUUAACAUACCGUGGCCCAAAUCCUGCAGAGAGAUGUGCAUUUGCUUAACUUUGCAUGUUGUAAGUAGUCCCUUUGACUAUAUGGCCUACUCUACACUUAAAACUUAGGUCGACAAACAGAGGUGUGAAAAAUCCACAUCCCUGAGUGUUUGUAGUUAUGCCAACUUAAUCCCUAAGUGUAGAUAAAUCUAAGAAUGCUUCCAUCAAUCUAGCUGUCAUUGUUUGGAGAGGUGGAGUAAUGAAAGAAUCCCUUCCAUCACCGUAGUCUGCAUCUACAUUACAGCAUAGGCUACAGCAUACUAUAGCUAAGUAAGGCUUUGCAGAUUGAACCCUAUAUCUAUUUGAGUAGCGUGAACCAGGUAACUAAAGAAUUUGAUCUUUAUAUGUCCUAGUUUUGUUGGUGCAAGCUAGUGCAUUAAGUUAACUGACAGAGUUUCAUAUACAUUAGGAUUCUGUAGUUGUUCAUUGCUUUUGUCACCUAAUCUGGAAAUAAUCAGAGCUAAGGGAUUCUAAUAAGGCUUUAGCAUAAAGCUGUAAACAUUGGGAGAGAGCUAAAAACAAGAAUGCUGUGUAAUCUUGUGGAAAAGAUGACUGACGGCCUACAGAUUGUUGUCAGCUAAACUUAAUCAAGAUACUUGCAUCUAAUUUUUUUCAGUAGAGCCACAGAUCUCUGAAGAAUUUAAAACAAAACACUCUUUACCACUCUUUUGUCAAAUUAACAAUAUGUAAUCGAUGCUAUAACCAAACUCAAAUGUUAUGCCUUUUUUUGAAUUCUUUUAAACAUUCCAAUUUAAGUUUUGAUAGUUGAGCCAAAAAGUUUCUCUUACAUUCAUUUAGUUUCUAGUUACUGCUUUAAUGUUAGACUUAUACAGUAUACUUUCUUACUAAAAUUCUGGUUUAUGUGCAAUUUAGGUAGGUUUAAUAUUUACUAAGAAAGAAGGAAAUAUGUAGUUACAUGUUUGCUGUGAAACACUAGGCACUUUUAAAUGGUAACAAUGUAUAUGGCUGUUUUUAAAACCUAUCCCAUCUCCAGUUUAUUGCUUCAAAAGCUUUUGUGCCAGAACUGUAAACUAAUUUUCAUGUUUUGUAUUCCUCAAAAUAAAUGGAGGAACAGAAAUGCUUAUUCUGAAGUUCUAUAUUUAAGUCUCUUCAUAUUUAAAAAAACAAAAAACAAAAAACACCUAAGGCUAUGUCUUACAAGUUUUUGUAGUUUAAGUUGUUAGAGUUGCACUCAAACUUUGGAAAUCGAUUGUAAUCUUUUCAGUGUGUGUGUGUAAAACUUUUAUUGUAACUGAGCUUACAGUAACAGAGGUGUUUGUUUUAGAAGCAAAUUUUGAAGGAAAACUUUUUAAAGUAAAAUUUGCAUCGUAGCAGUGAACAUUCUAAGUGCAAGAAAGCCUUCCAUGUUAUCAGUCUUAUUAUAAACUAAUAUUUCCUCAUUCACCAAAGUUGUAAAGCAUUCAAUAGCCCUGAUCUGACAUGGAGAUCAGUUAGCAGGGACAUGUGAAUGCCCAUUCACUUCACUGAAAUUUGGCACAGAUGCAGAGGAUAAUGGUUUGCUGAAUAUUUUAUGCAACUUUCUAAUACUGGUGAAUCCUGAUAGGGAAAGUUUGCUCUCUUCCUGAUUUAGAAAGCUUGAGAAUUGAGGUUUGUUUGUUGUUAGUUUUUUUUACCUUAAUAUAAAUCAAAGCAAAUUGUAGAAUGUGAUAUCUAUGGGUUAGGAUUGCCUUAGCUGAUUUUCUAAGAGAAAAAUCCCCUUCUACAAAAAGUAAGCCUUCUUUUACCUACUCCUGAAAUAAAUUCAAAAUUUGAGAAGUUGCUUUUCAAAAAAACCUACUCUUGUGAACUCAGAGCUUCUCACCUGCAAGUGGAGAAGACAACGUGGCUACCAGGAUACCCAAAGCAAGCCUGGAUUGGGAAAAGAACACACUAACAAAAGAUAAAUUGCUUGGCAGAGUUUUAAAGCCAUGAGGACUGAUAUUUUUUUUUAUUAUUGUAAAUAUUUGGGAAUUAAGAAGUUGGAAACUCUCUACCUUCCAAGUCUAUCACGGAGACAGGAGCAGGAAAACAUUGCAGUUGGAACUGAUCAUCAAAGUAAUAGGCCAAAGCAAAACUGGAUUUACGAAAAAGAGCAAUGGAAAUUAAAGGUUCUUCUUUGAUAAUCCCAUUGAGUUUGACUGGCAGAGAGCAGAUGAGAUUGUAAGUGACAUUGUUCUAUCCUCUCCCAAGGUUAGCAAUGGCAAGAGACUGUACUGUGAGGCUGUACUGCUAUCACUAGAAAGAGGCCAUCGUGAGAAAAGCUGGAGAACCGAUUAAAGUCUCUUUUUUUCUAGGAAGCAAUAUAAAUUUAUAAAAAUCUCUCUGCCUACACCCUCAGUAUUUUGAGGUAGUUUAAAUAAAGAGGGUCUUGAAAGGUUCCAUGAUCCUUUACUGCUGGGAAUUUCAUUCUAGCCUUUCAGAUACUAUCUUAUAUUUAGGGAGAAAAAUCCUGAAAUUGAUACCAAGCUCUAGCAUAAGACUAGGACAUAGGAUAGGAAGAAGCAACAAUGAAGCAUUGGCAGCUGGUGAAACCUAACAAAUAAGGACAAAAAGCUCCACAGUGCCAAGAUACUGAAGAAUUGGGUAGAAUGAACUGAGACCACAUCUUUGUAUUUUGUUGGUAGGGAAAUUCCCUUGUUUUUAAACCUUUAAAGUUCUAAUUGUGAAGCUCCUUCUAUGUUGUGCUGUAAAAACCAUAAUGGGUACUGAUUAAAACAAUGAAUAGUCA